AUGGACGGGCGGGCCUCACGACUGAACUCCCUCCGCGAGUCAAUUGCGCAACUCGAAGGCGAAAAGUUCCAAAUGGAAGUCGAAGUCGAGGAGAUUCGUUCUAAGCUGCAACUUGACCCAUCGAUCAUCGUGAACAGGCAUAUCCGGCUUCUGCACGAGUACAAUGAAGUCAAGGAUACAGCCCAGGGUCUUCUGGGGCUGAUUGCUGAUGCGAGGGGUGUGCGGCAGGCUGAGGUCGAGAGGGAGUUUGGGGUGAAGGAAGGAGAUUAG